AAGCUUCUCGUUAUGGUAGCUAACACAGUCUACAGUUGCAAAGGAAUAGCAGAACGACUGGUCACGAUGAUCAGAGAUGUUCAACCAACGAUCAGGGAGAUCCAAUACAGUGGCGUGGAGCUAAGUAACCAUCGCCAGACUCAACUGAGAGUGUUCUUUGAGAUCUUGGAGAAAGCAAGAAAGCUGUGCGAAAAGGUUUUAAGAUGCCGUAGAUGGAAUCCUAAACACGUAUACCACGCUAACAAGAUGAAGGAUCUCGAGAAGAAAAUAUCUCGUUUUCUCAACAGCCAGAUUCUUCUCUUUGUUCUCGCUGAGGUAUGUCAUCUACGGGUCAAUGGUGACAGGAUUGAGAGACUGUUGAGUGAGCAAAAUGAUACUUCAUCGUUUCCGGAGACGUUAAUGGAGAUUGAGACGGGAAACGAUCCGGCGAUCCAACAGGUAGGAUUGGAUUUGGGGAAGAGAAAGGUGAAGGAGAUGAUGUUUAGGUUUACAGAUACCACCAAUCUGUUUGGGAUCUCUGGAAUGAGCGGUUCCGGGAAGACCACUCUUGCAAUAGAGCUUUCAAGAGACGAUGAUGUUCGAGGACUCUUUAACAACAAGGUUUUGUUUCUGACUGUGUCACGGUCUCCGAAUUUUGAGAACCUCGAGUCCCGUAUUCGAGAGUUUCUUAAUGAUGGAGUUCGACAACGGAAGCUAGUGAUCCUUGAUGAUGUUUGGACAAGGGAUUCCUUGGAUAGGCUGCUGUCUAAAAUUCGUGGAAGCACAAAUUUAGUAGUCUCACAGUCCAAGCUUGCGGAUCCUAAAACCACCUACAAUGUGGAAUUAUUAAAGGAAGAUGAAGCCAUGUCCCUCUUGUGUCUUUGUGCUUUCGAGCAAAACUCUCCGCCUUCUCCGUUCAGCAAAAAUUUGGUGAAGCAGGUUGUUGAUGAGUGUAAAGGUCUACCUUUAUCUUUGAAAGUUCUUGGUGCUUCGUUAAAAAACAAACCUGAAAGAUAUUGGGAAGGCGUAGUUAAAAGGUUAUCAAGAGGUGAAGCUGUUGAUGAAACUCAUGAGAGCAGAGUGUUUGCUCAUAUCGAAGAAAGUAUAGAAAACCUCGACCCGAAAAUCAGAAAGUGUUUUUUGGAUAUGGGUGUUUUCCCUGAAGACAAGAAGAUCCCUCUUGAUGUUCUCACCGACGUGUGGGUUGAGAGGCAUUAUAUUGACGAGGAAACUGCUUUUUCCUUUGUUCUUCGCUUAGCUGACAAGAAUCUCCUUACUAUAGUGAACAAUCCGAGGUUUGGAGAUGUGCACAUUGGCUACUAUGAUGUAUGUUGGAACUGAAUUUUAGAAACAAGUUUCAGAAAAUUGCAGGUUUUGGGACAAUGACUUUCCGGUGACUUUCCGGCCAAAUUCCGGCCAAAUGGCUGAUCGGAAUUGUCUGGUCGAUAGUGCAAUGGAAAACUGGUAACGAGUACUACAAGAUGGUAUACUCAUACGUCCAAAACGGAGUUGAUUUGAA